AGCUACCUAGAACUCAACACAUAUAGUUUUAUUUUUUGGUUCUGAAUUGAUCUUGCAUGGGUAGUUUGGUAUAUAAUAACAAUGGCAUAUGUCCUGAACCAGAUGAAGGAGCAUGGGGUAUAGAAAUUGUCGAGUCUGAGUGUCAUGAAGUCGAUAAAAGGGUGAGGGGAGCCUAUUUGACAUGGGAGGAUGUUCGUGUGGCUGUUUCAAGUUCAAAUUGGAGUGCAGGGACAGAUGAAUGUAGAUCCUUACUUAAUGGUGUCACUGGUUAUGCUAAACCUGGAGAGAUUGUUGCCAUUAUGGGUCCUUCUGGUUGUGGCAAGUCCACUCUCCUUGAUUGUUUGGCUGGGAGGUUGUCUUCAAACACGAGGCACACCGGACGGGUUCUAGUUAAUGGACAAAAACAAAGGCUUACGCACCGCACUUUGGCGUAUAUGACUCAAGAACAAGUUUUAACAUGGACUCUAACGGUUAAAGAAAUGGUCUACUACUCUGCUGAACUGCAACUGCCCAAGGCCAUGCCAAGAUCCAUGAAGAGGGAGAGAGCAGAUAGAACUAUAAGGGAGAUGGGUCUCCAAGAUUCCAUGAACACAAGAAUAGGAGGCUGGGGAAUCAAAGGACUUAGUGGUGGCCAAAAGCGGCGUGUAAGCAUCUGCUUAGAACUCUUAACACACCCUAAGCUUCUCUUGCUUGAUGAGCCUACGAGUGGUCUUGACAGUGCAGCAUCGUAUUUUGUCAUGAACCGGAUUGAAAAGCUCACUAGACAAUAUGGGAUGACAGUUUUAGCAGCCAUCCAUCAACCCAGUAGUCAAGUUUUUGGCCUUUUUAACAGUCUUUGUCUUCUCUCUUCGGGGAAAACAAUAUAUUUCGGUCCUACUUUUGCAGCAAAUCAAUUUUUUGCAGUAAAUGGUUUUCCUUGUCCUGAUCUACAAAGCCCUUCAGAUCAUUUCCUGAUAACUAUCAACACAGAUUUUGAUGAGGACACUGAUAGUGAAAGUACUCCUGUUGAGAAAGUAAUAGAUGUACUUUCUGAAUCCUACAAGUCCUCUGCGAUAUAUAUGGACGUUAAAGGUGAAAUAGCUGCUAUAUGUGAUCAUCAGGCAGAAGGCUUGACUGAGAAAACAGGAAGCCUGCAAGCUAGUUCCAUUACACAGUGCCUGGUGCUUGCAGAAAGAUCAUUCAUAAACAUGUACCGUGAUAUAGGAUAUUACUGGUUACGACUUGGCAUAUAUAUUGUCUUGGGUUUUGCGGUAGGAACAAUCUUCUAUAAUCUCAGACCAGAUUUUGGCUCCAUAAAUGCGAGGAUUUCAAUACUCGUGUUUGUUUCUUCAUUCCUAACCCUCUUGGCCAUUGGUGGUUUCCCCUCAUUCGUGGAGGAAAUGAAGGUUUUUCAAUGGGAAAGAUUAAAUGGACAUUAUGGUGUUGGUUCCUUUGUUAUCAGCCAUAUGAUCUCUUCAACUCCCUACCUCCUUGUCAUAUCCUUGAUCCCAGGAGUAAUAGCUUACUCGCUUGCAGGACUUCAAAGAGAAUACGAACAAUUCAUAUUUUUUGCACUAGUGCUCUUCGCAUCAAUGUUGCUCGUCGAGUGCCUUAUGAUGAUUGUAGCCACCGUCGUGCCAAACUUGCUCAUGGGCAUCAUUACAGGUGCUGGAAUCCAAGGAUUGAUGAUACUAAGUGCUGGAUUUUUUCAGUUGCCAAAUGAUCUCCCUCAAGUAAUAUGGAAAUACCCUAUGUACUAUGUUUCAUUCCAUAGGUAUGCAUUACAAGGAAUGUACAAAAAUGAGUUUGAGGGUCGUAAGUUUCCUGAAUACUUGGGUGGUCCUCCGACCAUUGAUGGGGAGAUGAUAUUGAAGGAUAUAUUGCAAGUCGAGAUGGGAUACACGAAGUGGAACGAUCUUGGAAUCUUAUUUGGAAUGGUUUUUGUAUAUAGGGUAAUACUCUUCUGCACUAUAAAGACAACAGAGAGGGUGAAACCUAUUAUUACAGCUUUCUUGUUGAGUUCUACUUGUGUAAAGUAGAAUCCUUGUAGUAUCUCUCUUUCGUGUUUACAUAUACUUUCUAAAUAAAGCUAGCUUGCAACUCCAAGUACAUCUUGGAACU